AUGACUCCUUUCGUUCGCACAAAGCCACUCAACGUCUGCGUCACGCGCUGCGCAGAGUUGAUACACGAUCUCAAUGGUGUUCAUCAGUUUCACGGCCUCCAGCGGCAGGUCAAGGCGCUUCUCUCUUCUCUCCUCGCGAUGAUGCGGACAGUGCAUGCCAACAAGCGCGAUACCUUUCGUUCGGACCCAGCCCACAGCCCCGGCUUGAGUCUCCUGGCCGCAUUUCUUCAUGAGUUGCGCAAGACCUGUGGGUUUUACGGAACCGGUGCUGAGACCGAGUGGAAACUCCACGAUGAAGACCGCGCUUUCGUGCUGGAUGAACUAAGCAAUCCAUUCGACCAAGUUGCGAAGAAAUUGUCUCAUUUGGCACGCUCACUCGAGGCACUGGUCGACGAUGAACAGGCCGACCUUCAGAUGAGACUGUGGGAAUUAUGCGAGUGGGGAGAUUCCAUUUUCAAGCAUUGGGACUUCUUUCAAGGAGAGUUCGCAGCCGCAAGGGGAUUGGCGGCAGCGAUAUCAGCCGCGAGCGAACAUCGUCCCACUGUCCAGAUCCCGACCAUUGAUGACGGCUCCGCGGGUCGCAGCGGCGACAAAACUUCAGAGGAGUGUGAGCUCCAGAGAUCCAGAGCCUGGAACAAGAUUGGCGAGCAAUUGGCUGAAGAAGGAAUCAGCGACGACGCAAUCGAGGGUGUUGCGGACGAGUUGAAAACUUGUCUGCGAAAACUCGUUCGAGGAGAACCCCUCAAGCUUGGACAGGAGAAGUGUGACUCAAGUAAUUCCACUGCCGAGAAAAGCAAAAGAGCAGCGAGCAGCAAGUCCAACACUGUCAGUGAUGCAUCGGAAGACUUGUUUGAUCCAGAAAUAGUCUCCUCAAAGGUUACGGCUGCGCUCGACAGGAUCAAGAACGACUUCGACAUAUACUUGCCCGAACUUCUGGUGGUUGCCUUCCAGCAGCAAACCGACAAAGACUCAAGAAAUUACCGCCAGGUCCUCGAUUUGAUCUAUAAGAUGGCUUGUCGCUGUGGUACUCGUCCCAGAUUCUAUGCUCGUUUGGCUAAGGAGAUACAGACCCGCACGCCAAACCGCUUCCAGAAGAUCAUCACCAAGGGCUAUACCCGCAAUAACGCUGAGGAUGCUCAAAGUGACGAAGAGCCUGUGACGGGCUACUUGUUCAACAAGUGCUUGGCAGAUUGGGACCGUGGCAAGCAUGAACGCAACAAGAUCAGUGCUGAGACCUUCGCAUUGGGUCUCUCGCGCUUCAUUGGCGAGCUUGCCAAAUACGGGGUAUUCAGUGCAGAACACAUUCACUUCUACGUUCGAGCGCAGUGGGGCCCUACGCUGAAGAGGAACCAAUUCAUGGCUGUGUGCAUGCUGCUGAAGAUCACCGGCCCGAUGCUCGAUUCACUUAGCGACUCGAGCGACAUGGACGACCACUUCAAGCGAAUCUCGCACCUCAUAAACAAGAAAAAGACCCCGGAUACCAUGAAAGCGCUGGCAACGGAGCUGACGAGCCUAAGGAGCUCUGGCUGGAAGUCAAAGGAGUCAAAAGUGAUGGAUGAGGUUGAGGAGGCAAUAAAGAAGAGGCCCUGA